GAUUCCAGUGUUUGUUUUACGCAGGCGCAAAGCAUGCUGUUUGUCCAGUUACUCUGGUUGACUUACCUGUGAGGUGCAUCAGUUUCGGUUGAGACCGAAGGAAAGAAAAUACGAACCAGCACACGAACGUAUGUAUGACUGAAACCUGCCCGCUCCCGAAUUGCGGGACCUUAUUUUGGGGUGAAACAAGACUGGGGGGAAUAGAUCGCUCGAAUCGCCGCACUGAGAUUAUCAAUCAGUGUCACAGCAGCCAGCGGCAGGUGCGGAGAAUUUCAGUCAACUUGCAAAGGAAUUCUCACCACAUACUUUUUACGAAUGGCGGUUGAAUAUUAGGAAAAAAACUUGGUUGCUGAAGACAGGAGUUUUGGAAUAUUAGUGUUUCUUUCUCGAUCGUGUCUUAGCGAACACGCCACAGUAUUACUGCUUUUCGGUGUCACGGUGAAGUGUCAACGUAACAGCUGUGUUACUUCCUCUUAAGGUGUUGCCAGUGAGGAUUUAACUGAUAUCUGGUCCUGGUUCGCUUUCGUUAAGUAUUGCGGACUCCGGUCUUGUGGAAAGACGGUACAAAAAAAAACAGUAAACAAAAAAAUGAUGGGUUUUCUGCGACGGACAUUCAGCAGACGGUCAAUGAGACGAUUUCACAUGUCGGACGAGCGAGACGGGAGAGGCGGAGGUUUCUCCGCACUACAAGCACACCAACAGCAGGUCGUUCAUGCCCCCGCCGUGGUGACCGGAGGAGCGGUGGUACAUAUUCCCGCUGCGGGAAACGCCAAGUCCAUAAUAACCUGCAGAGUUCUGCUGCUGGACGGAUCGGAUGUCAACGUAGAUCUCCCGAGGAAAGCUAAAGGCCAGGACCUGUUUGACCAGAUCAUGUUCCACCUGGACCUUGUGGAAGCGGACUAUUUCGGGCUGCAGUUCAUGGAUCUGGAGCAAGUUUCUCACUGGCUGGAUAGCACCAAACCAAUCAAAAAACAAAUAAAAAAUGGCCCUCCUUACACAUUAUACUUCAGAGUGAAGUUUUACUCUUCAGAGCCUAAUAACCUGCAUGAGGAGUUCACCAGGUACUUGUUUGUAUUGCAGCUCAGACAGGACAUUCUCUCUGGAAAGUUAAAAUGCCCGUAUGAUGUUUCUGUUGAAUUGGGUGCCUAUUGCUUACAAAGUGAACUGGGGGACUGUGACCCCUCAGAGCACUCUCCAGAGCUGGUGUCCGAGUUCCGCUUCACCCCCAAGCAGACCGAAACCAUGGAGGCCGCCAUCUUCCAGAAGUGGGUGGAGUGCAGGGGGAAAAUUCCUGCUCAAGCAGAAAUGAGCUUUCUGAACAAGUGCAAGUGGUUGGAAAUGUAUGGUGUGGACAUGCACUUCGUAAAGGGCAGGGAUGGGUGUGAGUAUGCUUUGGGCCUCACCCCUACUGGAAUCCUGGUGUUCGAAGGUUCUAAUAAAAUUGGCCUCUUCUUCUGGCCAAAAAUCACAAGGAUGGACUUUAAAAAAAGCAGACUGACUCUGGUUGUUGUUGAGGAUGAUGAUCAGGGCCGAGAACAGGAGCACACGUUUGUUUUCCGGCUGGACAGCGCGAAGACCUGCAAGCACCUGUGGAAAAGCGCAGUGGAGAGCCACGCCUUCUUCCGCCUGCGCCAGCCCACGCAGGUGAAGCCCCGGCGCAACGACCUCAUCCAGCUGGGCUCACGCUUCCGCUUCAGUGGAAGAACAGAGUACCAGGCCACGCACGUGAACCGGCUCCGGAGGGCCAGCACGUUUGAGCGGAGGCCAAGUAAACGGUAUCCCUCACGAAGGCAUUCCCUGGGAAAAGUACCUUCCACAUUUCCCCUGACUUCAGCUGUAAAUCCUGCGAAACCAGCACUUUUAAGCGCUCAGACUAGUCCUGACCCCGGCCUCUACCCGUACAAGCAGAACAUCCCAAUCACCCACGAGCCAUGGCACCCGCCCCACGCCAGCCUUGGACACCCUAAGUACCCUCCUCAUCCCGGACACACGCCUCCCCUUAGCUGCCCAUUAAGCACAGGAGCUGUGCAGCUGCAGCAGUUCAGUCUGGAGGAGAACGAGGUCGUGCCCUUCUCUGGGAAGGCCGGCCGGCGAUGCCUUCAUCACCACAGCGGGUAUGACUGCCCAGACCCGUGCAGUCUGCAGAACUCGCACAAGCUAAGAGCUGUGACUGCCUACCAGCCAGAGGAGCCAGACAGGUUUGGGAAACAGGAGCUGGAAUCCAACAGAAUGGCUGUGCCCUGGCCCUCCCUGCACAUCAACAUGGACACCAGAACGGAGGAGAAGCCGCUGAGUGAGAAGGGCCUGCGGUCUCCGGUCUGCCCUGCCGGCCGGCCAGACCAUCUCAAAUGCAACAUCCUGAAGGCCCAGAUGGACGCCGCCUUUCGGGGGAGGAAGGAAGAGGCUUUGGACUUCCGGCACUCUUCAAGCAGCCAGGAGCACAAUGGCAGGUUUCCUUCUUCGUCCCAGGAUUCAGUUUCUUCCAGUUUGACGACAGAGAGGCCAUCUGUCAGACCAGACCGUAGAAAAAGACUGGUCAGGCAAUUCAGUUUUAACCAUAGUGAUGAAGAUGAUCUCCCUGAAGCACUUGCAGCCAUAUCGUCCCAAAGCAGUACUGGCCGGACCACCUCUGAGAGCUCCUUAGACAAGCAGAUCCAGCCACCCAUAUACCCCAAGGCGAAGAAAUGUGAUUCUGGGCAUCACAUGACAGAACUGUCUGACUGCACGGACAGUAAGGACCUUCUCCUUCCCUUUUCUAAGACAGUUUUCAUAAAAUAAGUCACCACUCUUUAGCAAUGGGCACACAGCUGUGUGGUAUCACACAGGAUCCUAAAAUACAGACAUUGUGUGUACAUAAAUCUUAACACAAUAACGGGUUUUAGGAUUGUGUGUUAACAAUUCAUAUUGUUGUAGCUACAAGUGCUGUAUUUAGUACGUAAGGUUUCUGUAUACAGUACAGUCUCCAUUUCUGCUCUUACAGAGUAGCUUGAGCUUUGCUUGAGUGCCUGUGCUUUUUACAGCCCUCAGAUAAUCUCUGUUAGAGCGCAACAGACACCAAACAUUUUACUGUGUGCUUUGCCAUCUCCUUUUUAACUGAAUUUAUUUAUUUAUUUAUUUAUUUAUUUAUUGUAAUUUGGUAAUGUACAGCAUCCAAGCCGGAUAUUAAUUUGUCACCUGUAGCUAUCUGGCUUGCAGUUUGAUUAGCCAUAUUUUGGGUGACUAAUGUGUGAAUAAAUCAUAGCUUGUUAUUGUAGUGAUAUUAAAUUGUAGCUGAAUUUAUUAAAUGAAUAAAUUCAUCCUGCAAAUCAGUAUGGAGUCUUUCACUUUAGAAAUAGUUAAUGUUUAUGGUUAAUAAUAGUAUUUAUCAAGUAUUUUAACCAUGUUAAUUUCAGUAUCUUCUCCUCCUUUGGUGUGUCAUUCCUUUAAUAUUAUUCUGCAUAAAUAAACAUUUAAAUAAAUAUUCU